UUACAGGCUACAUGCAUUCAAAGGGAAAGAAACCGCUGAAGCUAAGAAAAGCUCAGCUAAUUAAAUUUAAACAGCUUCAUGGCUUUCAAAUCAGCUUCUAUACUUCCUUCCUCUAUCUCCAUCUACAAAGAGGGCAAGUCCAAUGCUUCUCUUAAGGAGGCAAGUUUCUUUGGAGUUUCGGUUUCACUUCCAAGCCACCUCAAGGCUGACUGCAACUAUUCUGUAAUAAGGAGCAAGGAACGCAGCAGAAGCGAGCUACAAUUACUUAUUGGAGCCAUUAAAGCCCAGACAGCUACUACGACUCCAGCAAUCGAUGAGGCAGCACCAGAAGCAAAGAAAACAUUGAGAAAGGGUAAUGUGAUUAUCACUGGAGCCUCAUCUGGCUUGGGCCUGGCCACAGCCAAGGCUUUGGCAGAGACAGGACAAUGGAAUGUAAUUAUGGCAUGUAGGAACUUCCUGAAGGCUGAGAGGGCAGCUAAAUCAGCUGGCAUUGCUAAAGAGAACUACACAGUCAUGCAUCUUGACCUUGCCUCCUUUGAUAGUGUCAGACAGUUUGCAGAUAACUUCCGUCGAUCAGGUAUGCCACUUGAUGUGCUAGUGUGCAAUGCUGCUGUCUACUUACCCACUGCCAAGGAGCCAUCCUUCACCGCUGAAGGGUUUGAACUCAGUGUUGGGACUAACCAUCUUGGUCACUUCCUGCUUGCACGGCUGCUGCUUGACGAUUUGAAGAAAUCAGACUACUCCUCCAAGCGGCUUAUCAUUGUUGGCUCCAUAACAGGAAACACAAACACAUUGGCCGGUAAUGUGCCUCCAAAGGCUAACCUUGGAGAUCUGAGAGGUCUUGCGGGUGGUUUGAAUGGGAUAAACACUUCACCAAUGAUAGAUGGUGGAGAAUUUGAUGGUGCCAAAGCCUACAAAGAUAGCAAAGUCUGUAACAUGCUCACUAUGCAAGAAUUCCACAGGCGUUGUCAUGAGGAGACAGGAAUCACCUUUGCUUCUCUCUACCCUGGUUGCAUUGCAGAAACAGCGUUGUUCAGGGAGCACAUUCCCUUGUUCAGGCUUCUAUUCCCGCCAUUCCAAAAGUACAUUACUAAAGGAUAUGUUUCUGAAGAGGAAGCUGGGAAAAGACUUGCACAGGUUGUGCGUGACCCAACCCUUGCAAAAUCAGGAGUUUACUGGAGCUGGAACAAGUACUCUUCCUCAUUUGAAAAUCAACUGUCAGAAGAAGCCAGUGAUACAGAGAAGGCACGAAAGCUGUGGGAGAUGAGCGAGAAGCUAGUCGGGUUAGCUUAAUUGAAGCCCCAAAGAUAAUCACACAACCCACAGGGACCUAGGAUGCUUUCUGCUCUUGCAAAUGCAAAUAAUAUUUUGAAUGAGAUGAGACAUUGAGCACAUCAAUUUCUGCACUCAAAUGGUCUGUAAAUUUGCAUAUGCCAUAUCUCCCGGAAUGAGACUCGAAAUAAGUGCUAAAUCAGUAAAAUAUUACAAGUGAGACUGUGAGAAUGUAAUAUAGAAAUCUGUUCACCAAGAAAAAACAAAUGCAAGUCUCACUAAGUUCAGAGGCAAACUUCUACA